AUUACCAAGACCACGCAGGUUGGUUGGCAACGACCGGCGGCAGAGCGGAUGCGAAAGACUGGAACUCGGCGUUAAUCGUGACGAAUACAGGCGGCAAACAUGGAUGCCGCCUCCACCAUGCCAGCGGAUUCCGGCCUCUGUUGCCAGACCAUCGCACGUACAUGACUACAUGGUGGAAUUCGCGGAGAAUAGUGGAUAUGGCAACGAGCGAGCAUGCAACUGCAGCCAGCCGGCGACUUCCAUCAUGUCCUCCCCAUCCUUGGAUCCCGAGUCAGGACUUGCGUAAGGUCCUUGGUAGGGAGGCAAGGAGGGAACCUAGAUCCAGGGAGAUUCGCGCAAGUCGCACGCAUGUCUCGAUUUCGCUCUCGCCUGGAAUCAUGGACCACAUGGACAUGGAUGGUGGACUUGGACUGGAGCGGCCGGACUGGACGGACUGGACUGGAGUGCCGGAAACUUGCCUUGCUUGCAUCUCACCUCACACUCACCACACCGCGGCAGACGCCAGACCAAAAAAAAAGCCAUGGACAAGAAUACGAGAGGGUGUACUCCGUACCGGAACUCGUGGUCGGUGUCUAAUCCGUAGAGUAUUUAGAAAGCUUGCCUCCCCGUCGUGUCCCGAUCUUGAGAAAUCGCUCCCCCUCCCCCUCCGCUUUCCCUUUCCGGCCUGCAUUUUCUGUUUGCUUGGCCUUUGCUUGGUCUUUUGCUCUCAGAACUCUUUUGCUUUAAUUUUCUCUUUGAAUAAACCUUGAAGGGAGUUUGUCUCGGUCACUUAGACUUCCUGCCCAGCCCCGUGGUCGCCUGUCGGUGACGUAGGCGAUAUUCUGGACCGGCGUGAACGACAAUUUGGACCGGCGCCGACUAUCGUCGUCAUUCACUUUCACACGCAGCCCGACCGACGACGACCGAGAAGCGAUCGAUUAAUAGAGCCCACGUGCGGCCCCAAGCAAAAGACGCAAAAAUCAGAAAGGCCACCACGACGCCGGCCUCGAGAGAUUCCACAUCGUCGGAUCUGCUUCCUCCGCGCGUUGUCUGUCUUGUCCCCCCGCCGCCGCCGGAUCACAACCCUGCCGGGAACCUGGGCGACAGCUUAUCAGAAACCUGCUCUAACGC